GGACAGUUCAUGGAGGUGUAAGAUCUCCGAACUCUUGUUUCUUGAGUGCCCCGCAUCCUUCGACCACUUAGAUUUGAGUACAUGUCGAGGUAUUUCAUCAUGAACAAAACGUCCAUGUUCCCCCAGCUUCAUAAUUUUCCAAUUGUCAAGUACUAGUUCCUAACCAAUUUACUUGUGUUAUUUUCCCCACUUUAACACUUCCCCUUCCCACGAUAGAUACCGAAUACCGCUUAGACUAAAAGUGACACCGAGAAUGUCCGCACGGACAUGCCAGCCGAAGACGCGUGAGAACUCCAUCCCGUACGAGCAGCUCAUUGUGUACCUACGUGCAUGUACCUCGUUACCCAAUCGCUAUGACCCUAUGCAAACAACAGAUACUAGUUCCUUGAUAACUAUGAUUGGCUAUGAUUGGUCCAAAAGCCAUCAGCUUUGUACAAACUUCCAAUCCUAUCUCUGCUUGUAUUUUGGAAAGUUUAUUUUGCAACAAAAUUGACCUAGAUACAAUUUAAAUAGAUUAAGUAGACAGCAUUAUCAUAGUUUUAACCUUUGAUCACUCCUAAAACCAGUCCACAAGCGCAGCAACAUGGGAAUGGGGCCGAAGCUGCUAUGUUCCGCCAUUCUGCUAGUUUUCCUGGGUUUUCUGAUCAGACACAGGAGCAACGCAGAGAAGGUCCUGCUGGUACCUCGGCCAACUAGCGACAGUCACUGGAUAGCUCUAGCCAAGACUGGUCGUGCUUUGGUGGAUAGAGGUCAUGUCGUCAUUGUGAUUGUUUCAGAGGAGAUUGAGGGAAAACGACGGGCAGAGUGGCCUGACUUUAAGUUUGAGGCAUUCCAAGAUCAAGGAACCCGAGCAGCAAUUCAGGCACUACAAGACCAAGCAUAUUUUGUGGCUGGUAAAUUGUCUCUCCGCCAAGUAAGAGAGCGAUUAUCUUCUUUGUUAGAAGAGCUACAUUAUUGUGCCCUAUUGCUGUCGGACAGUAACCUUGUGGAUCAACUGAGAACAUCCCAGUACAGUGUGGUGAUUUCUGACCCCUUUUUUCCUUGUGGCGCUAUCCUCUCAGCCCAUCUAGAUUCCCGGGUCCCCCACAUCGCCGUUUUGCGUCUGGAUCCUUUCUUUCUUGAUGUAAAGGCUACAGGUGUACCGCUUCCCCUGUCAUACAUUCCAUUUAUAUUUUCCGAUUAUACCGACGGCAUGACCUUUCUACAGCGACUUCAGAACGUUGUCUUGUCUACUGUUGCUCCAGUGAUAGCACGUCGAAAUGUGAAUAUGAACUAUAACGAAUUGGUACGUAGGUAUAUCGGCGAGGAAGAAACUAUUCAAAGCGUGACGUCACGUACGGACCUGUGGCUCUAUAGAACCGACAAUGUGCUGGACUUCCCUCGUCCCAGCAUGCCCAACAUGGUUCAGGUUGGAGGACUGAACGUCCGUGCGGCUGUUCCCCUCACUGAGGACAUUGAAGCGUUUGUCCAGAGCUCUGGAGACGACGGAGUGAUUGUCGUCAGUUUCGGGUCUAUGGUCAAGACGAUGUCGACAGAGAGGCAAGAAGUCUUCGCGGCAGCCUUCGCCCGACUCCGGCAGAAGGUGGUGUGGCGGUACGUGGGAGAGAAGCCGGCCGGUCUGGGCAACAACACCAAGUUGCUGGCGUGGCUGCCUCAAAACGACUUGCUGGCCCACCCAAAGACCAGAGCCUUCAUCACUCACGCUGGGUCGAACGGCCUGUACGAGGCCCUGCACCACGGCGUGCCAAUGGUCUGUCUGCCGCUGUUCGGGGAUCAACCCGCCAACGCCGCCCGGGUGGUGGCCAGGGGACUCGGGGUGAAGCUGGACUUCAGCACGGUCACCUCCGACCAGUUGUACGAGGCCAUUCUUCUUGUUGUCACCAACAACAGUUACCGUGAGACUGCAGCACGCCUGUCCCGCCUGCACCGUGACCAGCCCCAGUCACCCAUGGAGCGGGCCGUCUGGUGGAUAGAACACGUCAUCAAACAUGGUGGACUGCCCCAUCUCCGCGCACGCGCCGUGGAGCUGCCAUGGUACCAGUACUACCUGUUAGACGUUGCUGCUUUCCUAUUGGCUGGCUGUGUAGCUGUCCUGGGUACCGUGUGGUACAGCUGUACGUUCUUCUGUAGAAAGUGUUGUACUAAAGGUGGCGGCAAGCUGAAGUCUCAAUAGUAGACACUAGGUAAUAUCAACCUUGAGAUUUAUCAAUAGGCAAUUUUCCUUUCGAAAUGCUUUAGGGUAUGUGGAUCGUCUUGAGUAGAGAUUGAUUUUUUGUAGAAAAGAUUAAGUGAUAUAUUCUAUGCAAAUAAGGACUGCAAUGGCAUAACCAAUGUAAUACGCUGGUACGUAGCUGACCUUUGCUACAGCCACCUCAUAAAGCCAAUGCGUUCGCUUCGUUCACACGUUGGAUUUAUUCGGUAGAUAAAGCAAAGGACCAGGCAUAAAGAAUUGUUACAUAGGUGAUAACAGUAACAAAGUAUUCUUCAGGUUCAGUUUUUACAUACUUUAAUUUCCAAUUGCAAGACAUUACAUGUAAAUACAAUGGAUUUUCUAAAAAUGUAGUGAAAGAAUAACAUAAUAUUAAUUAAUAAAGUCUACAUAGGUUUCACAAAUACAGUGCAUAUUAAACACAGACCUUAUCUCCAGCAAGAGUUUACC